UCCCACAAAAAUGUACACAUCAUUAUUAACACCAAUCAUAGUCAACAAAUCGCACAGUUUCUCAUCACAGCAAUAACAAAAGCGUGAAUGAUGAUAGCUUCAAUUAAGGGUCUUCUUCCUGUUGACUUUUUUCAUUUCUUUAGUCGCUACUAAUUAGUAGCACAUACUAAUCAAAGCAAAGUCGCCAUUAGAUUUGCAAGCAAAGAUGUAUGAUCCCAUCUUUGCAAAAAGUUUCAAUCAGUACCAGCGCAGGAGGUUCGGCUGCUGCGCACUCGUUCUAUGCUUCAUUACUGCAUUCAGCAUUUCCUCCACGUUCAACUCUCAUCGGCAGUCCGCCUCAGUGAUUGGCGAUACCGUCAGCUUGCAGCUGACGAUCAAUGCUGUUCACGACAUGCGUGUAAUUGAAGAUACAAGUGAAAAGCACGAGAAAAGAGGUGGGAAUGCUGCUGGAGAUUUGCACUUGCAAAUUAAUGCCACUGAAAGUAGUAUGCUGGUAGUCAAUAACACAAGUCUCAUCUCGCAACUGUUAGCAUUGAACGAGACGAGGAAGGCGGUGUCCUUUCGCAGAAUUUCAGAGUACUCACUUGCAAACUAUUACGCAGUUGAAGGAGAUAUAAGGAUUGAAGCCAAUUCCUCCACAAUCUUUGUUGUAAAACCUCUAGACAUGGGCAUCUCAUCAUCAAAUUCAACCAAUUCAUGGAGCAUACAGCCUUAUCCUAGAAAGGGCUUGUCGGAUGUCAAGAAUUGGACAGUAAACAUAGUAGGACACGAUGACGACAACUACGGCACUGUCCCAAAAUGUACUCAAAAUCACAGGCGUCCAGCUAUCCUUUUCUCAGUUGCUGGAUUUUCGGGAAACUAUUUCCAUGAUUUUGCAGAUCUGUUGUUUCCGCUAUACACUACUUCGUUUCGUUACGAAAAGGAGGUCCAUUUUCUUGCAAGUGAUUACAAGCGAUGGUGGAUAAGUAAAUACAGACGAAUUCUGGACCUGCUCACCAGACAUGAAGUAGUAGACAUAGACAAUGAGAAAGUGCACGUCCAUUGCUACAACAACAUGGUUGCCGGCCUCAAUUUUCACAAAGAGCUCAUGAUUGAUCCGGCUUUGUCGAAACCUCCUUCCGGGCUGUCAAUGCACCACUUCAAGCAGCUCCUCCGACGAGCCUACUCUCUGGAGAGAAAAAGGGCAGUCAGAUCAAGAAAGGGGGACGGGACGGAGAAGCCCCGUCUCAUGAUCAUAUCCAGGAACCGAACACGAGCCAUGACGAACGAAGUCCACGUCUCAAGGUUGGCAAGAAAGCUGGGAUACGAGGUGGUCUCGGCAGAGGCUCGAGUGUCUACCAACGUGACAAGAUUCGCACAAACCGUAAAUUCUUGCGACGUGUUGAUGGGAGUACACGGAGCCGGGCUAACAAACAUGGUGUUCCUACCAGAGAAUGCUGUCCUGAUUCAAGUGGUUCCAUUCGGAGAAAUUGAUGAAUUUGCUAGACUUGAUUUCAGGGACCCUGCAGCGGGUAUGAACAUUAGGUACUUGGAAUACAAAGUAAGCAUGAAAGAAAGCUCUCUGAGUCAACAGUACCCAGCCGAUCAUCCGGUUCUGAAAGAUCCAAAGUCUUACCGGACAAGAGGAUGGGAUGCACUUUCCUCUAUUUACUUGGAAAAACAGAAUGUGACCAUUGAUUUGGAUAGGUUUAGAGGCACAUUAGCAAAGGCACUGAAGCUUUUACGCCAUUGAUCAACAUUUUCAUGUGUCUGUGGCCAUUGAUUUUCUCAUUUUAUUUCUUAUGUUUACCACUUGUUUUUUAUUUGAUAUUCCAUCGUUAUUUGAUCAUGGGUAAGUUAAAUUGGUAUCAUUUAAGGUUACGUCUUUUUUGAAUAUUAAUAAACGGGUAGAGGUUU